AUGGUUGAUUCGGGCUACAAUAAAGACUGCACUAUCGACGCCUCGCCAGCAAAUCGACGGCGACUAGCACAAGCGAAUCGGCCCCGACAAAGUAAAAAGGGAGUCGGCAACAAUCGAAUCCUCGUACUGGCGAGAGCUAAAAGGCUUGGCCUCGCGGCCGCUGCGUGGUGUCGUUCGUCAGCCCUGCCCAUCUCCGAGGCUAUCGUGCUGUCUCUGCCAGCGGCUCGGUUGGCGCACCCGGCGAAGGCAGCUCUGCUGGCUGUAUCAGAGCACAGAGUACCACGCUGGAUGGAGCAGAGCGUGUACUCGGAGCGUAUAACUGGCGGGACGGGCGUCGUCAUCCCUCAGGCAAUGGACGCAGCUGCUAGCCCAAAGGUGCGAUGGCUGCAAAAGAUCCGUCGCGCGCUUGCACCAAACAGGCCCGCGGGCUGCGCCUAG